AUGCGCUGCGUCCGACCGUGGACGACGUCGUCGCAGUCGUCACCGAGUCGCGCACCGUCGGCGACCUGUUUGCCAACUUCCACGCCAUCCGUAUGGUGGAGGAGUUUGAGCGGCGAAAGCAGGCUGGCCGGGCGGAUGCGGAUGCGGCACUGCAACCACUUGACAAGACUUUUUUUUACAGGUGGGCCUCCUGUGUGUUGGGGGUGGGAUGUGGGUGGGCUUAUCUUGUAG